ACUCAUCAUGUUGAGGCUUCGUAGGAGCUGAUGUGUACUGACCCAUGUGCUGCCUUCCUUAGAGGAGGUUAAGUGGGUGAGAAACAAAAAAAAGUGACAGAUAUUCUGCAUUCAGCGAUCAAACCCGUGUCCGCCACAUGUGGUGGAUACAAGAUUACAGUCGCACGUCCAUCGCCGUGGGAAUUCUGAGCUUAAUCAGACUACUAAGUCAUAGUUUUCCAAAGCUUCAGCAUGGGUCGGAUACCCCAGAUGGUCUCGGUGCGAAUGAUAUUAUGAUAGUGAUAUGGCCAGGGUCACGACUGUGUGACAGACUCAUCCAGGGUCGGUAUGGUUUCCUAACCUUCUCUCUAUAUAUAUCAUUUAGAGGCGGGUGAAUGGUUAAGCUUUUCACUUAGACAGCGCCGACCCCUCUGAUCUGUUUCCGUUGUGGACCAGGCUUGCGCGUUCCUGAGGCCUCUGAUAUCAACCC